CGCCGAGCCGCGCGUCCCCAGAGCCCCAGGCGCACACGGAGGAGGCAGACACGCAGGCAGGGGCGGCCGCAGCUCCGUGUCCCCGUCCCCCAUGCGGACAGACAGACGGACGGGCCGAAGAUGGCUGACGACCCCGCGGGGCAUCUAGCCCGCAGCCCGGCGCCAGCGACGGCGAAAGCCACCGGGGCGGCGGCGGCGGCGGCGGCAUCCCCGAGAUUCCCGGCGCUGCCUUCCCCCCUGACAGUCCCUGACGUCUCCCGCCGCUAGAAGACCUCCCGCGUCCCGAUCCCGCGUCCCGAUCCCCCCCUCCCCCCCGCACCCGCACCUCCACCUCCAGCGGCCGCAGCCAUUUCAUCUCCCCAGCCAAGAGACCCGAAAACAUGGCAGAAAUGGAGAAAGAAGGGAGACCUCCGGAAAAUAAGAGGAGCAGGAAGCCCGCUCAUCCCGUCAAGAGGGAGAUCAACGAGGAGAUGAAGAACUUUGCAGAAAACACUAUGAAUGAGCUCCUUGGCUGGUAUGGCUAUGAUAAGGUUGAGCUGAAAGAUGGCGAAGAUAUCGAAUUCAGGAACUACCCUUCGGAUGGGGAGAGCCGACAGCACAUUUCUGUUCUCAAAGAAAAUUCUUUGCCAAAACCCAAAUUACCCGAGGACAGUGUAAUUUCACCCUUCAAUAUAAACCCAAGCUACCCGGGUCUUGCCACAGGAAAUGGACUUUCUGACUCACCAGCAGGGUCAAAGGACCAUGGAAAUGUGCCCAUUAUUGUACCGUUAAUUCCACCACCUUUCAUAAAGCCACCAGCAGAAGAUGAUGUGUCAAAUGUACAAAUAAUGUGUGCCUGGUGCCAGAAAGUGGGAAUCAAGCGCUAUUCCCUGAGUAUGGGAAGCGAGGUGAAAAGCUUCUGCAGCGAGAAGUGCUUUGCAGCAUGCCGAAGAGCCUAUUUCAAGAGAAACAAGGCUAGAGAUGAAGAUGGACAUGCUGAAACUUUCCCCCCGCAGCACUAUGCUAAGGAAACUCCAAGGCUUGCCUUCAAGAAUAACUGCGAACUACUUCGUUUCUGUAAUAAGAGAACCAAGGACUUUACAUCAGCCUUGCAAAUAACCACAUGUCAACUCACCCAGGUGUGCGACUGGUGCAAGCACAUCCGACACACCAAGGAGUACCUGGAUUUUGGGGACGGAGAGCGACGGCUACAGUUCUGCAGCGCCAAGUGUCUCAAUCAGUACAAAAUGGACAUCUUCUACAAAGAGGCCCAGGCCAACCUCCCGGCUGGGCUGUGUGGCCCGCUGCACCCCGCCCUGGAGAGCAAAGCCGACGGCCCCGGCGCGCAGCUGCUCACGCCCGACUCCUGGAACCUGCCACUGGCGGAGGCUCGCCGCAAGUCCUCGUCCCCUGGGCCGGCCACCGCCGGCCAGAGCCAGGGCCCCGGCCCAUCAGCCGCCGCCUCCCCACCCGCCGCCACCCCCCAUUGCCCCGCCAAAGCCUCCACACCCGUCCCCAAGUCCAUGCCCCCGCUUGGCGAGCCCCCCGCCCUCCCCCCGGUGUCGGUCCAGCCCCCAGCUGGCAUCGUGCCCCCUCCGAUGGGCGUGCCCCCCCGGAGCCCACCCAUGGUGAUGACCAAUCGAGGGCCGGUGCCUCUGCCCAUCUUCAUGGAGCAGCAGAUCCUGCAGCAGAUCCGCCCGCCCUUCAUCCGUGGGCCGCCCCACCACGCCUCCACCCCCAACAGCCCCCUGCCCAACCCGCUGCUCCCCGGCCUAGGGCCAGCCCCGGGGGGGCCCCGGAGCCUCGGCCCCACCUCCAGCCCCAUGCACAGGCCCAUGCUCUCCCCUCACAUCCACCCCCCGACCACACCCACCAUGCCGGGGAACCCUCCGGGCCUGCUGCCCCCACCCCCACCUGGGGCCCCCCUGCCCAGUCUGCCCUUCCCGCACCCAGCAGUGGGCAUGAUGCCCAAUGGGCCGCUGCCCCUGCCCCAGAUGAUGAACUUCGGCCUGCCGUCUCUAGCCCCGCUGGUGCCCCCGCCCACGCUCCUCGUGCCAUACCCAGUCAUCGUGCCCCUGCCCGUGCCCAUCCCCAUCCCCAUCCCCGUCCCACAUGCUGGAGAUUCCAAGCCCCCCAGCGGUUUCUCCAGCAAUGGGGAAAGCCUCAUUCCCAGUCCGCCUGGCGACUCUCCCGGGGCCAAGCCAGCCGGCCGCUCCCUGUCCCCUCGGGACCCGAAGCAGGGCCCCUCCAAGGCCCCCGACGCGCCCUCCGACACCCCUCCCGGCAGCUCUGGCCGGCCUCCGGGUCAGGCCCCCGCGCCCCAGGACCACGGGAAGAGCCAAGUGGUCGACUUGACUCUCCGGCCGGGCAGCCCGCUUGGUGGCAGGCAUGACUUUGCCCGGCCACCACCCGGACCCCAGGACGGCGUCAUCGACCUGACGCUGGGCCACCGGGCCCGGCUACACCACGUCAUCCAGCGGGCCCUGCACCCACCUGGGCCAGCGAGGCGCGAGGACCGCGAGCCCCGCCCUGGGGCAGCCAGCCCGCCGGCUGGGACCGUGGAGCGGCGAGGGGGAGGUGGCUUCAGGGACGGCAGCGGCCACCCCACGGCCGACAUCAAGCCCUUGACGGGUGGCCCGGGACCCCUGACGGCUGGGCCUCCCCCACCCACCGCAGGGCCGGACACAGGCGCCGCUGUCUGCAACGUUAUCGUUAACGGCAUGAAGAGCACCGAGGGGCCACGGGGCUCGGACCAGCCAGUGGAGGUGCCCCCGCCACCUUUACCCCUGCUGCCGCCCCUGCCCCUCCUUCCGCCUCUCCCCCCGCCGCCACCGCCGCCACUGCAGAAAAAGCCACCGCCCCCGGAGCCGGCUGUGAGCGAGCUGGAGUCCGUCAAAGAGAACAACUGUGCCACCCCCCGCCUCCUGGAUGGAGAGACUGCCAAGAAGCUAUUGGGGGAGGAGGCCCUCUCCGGGGGCGACAAGACAGACCCUAGCCUCAACCACCCAGCUGACGAGGACCACGCGUACGCCCUGAGGAUGCUGCCCAAGCCAGGCUGCGUGAUCCAGCCUGUGCCCAAGCCCACGGACAAGGCAGGACUGGCGCCUGGCAGGAUCGCCACCCCACUGCUGGGCGCUGGGCCCGAGGAUCUGGAGCCGCCGCUCAAGAGGAGGUGCCUCCGGAUCCGCAAUCAGAACAAGUAGAGGGCUGCUGGCUGUAGGGCUGCUGGCUGCAGAGCAGCGUGCCCGGAGGAAAGGAGCAGAGCGAACGCAUCACUCCACCACCGACACCCGCUGGUCUGCCCGCCGGCCCCUGGGACUCACACGCCAGCGAGGGAGCAGGCCAACCUCCUGACGACAAGGCUCUCCUGGGAGCCGCCCCCCAAGCCGAGCCUCCAGCUGCCUGCCUCUGGGCCCGAGGGUGGCCCCGCCGCUACAUGCCCAGGGGAGCAGGGGGCUCGCCUUGGCCCGAUUGCAACAAAACCAAAACACGAUAAAGUGAAAGGAAAUCGACCGACCACACGGACCAACAUAGGCAUGGGGUACUUUUCUCUCUCCGUCUUUCAAGACUCAGAAAUCGGAGGAGGGAUGAGGAUCUGGAUUUUUUUUUUCUACAUUUUUGUCUUUUCAAAAACUGCUGUGGUUUUGCUGCUACACUAAGAGUCGUGAUCGCAUUGUACGGUUUUGGACCUAUUCAAGUUUCGGUGGGGGAAGGGGCAGGGCGGAAACGGCGACGCCUCUGCGUCAUCUCCAACCGGCCCAGGAUGCACUUUUAAAUGAAGAGUUAGAAUAUUUUAUUGGCUAAUAUACUUUUGUUAUUUUUACAAUGGCCACCUUUGUCCUUUUUAAUGCCAUAUUUUCAGUGUUACACUUUUAUGGCUUUUAAUUUUUGAUUUGACAGAUGUACGAAGCAGCAUGAAUAGUUUAUACUGUGGUUUUUCAGAGACUGAAUGCCAAGAGAACUCAGUAAAUGUUUAUUCUUCUCAGCUUUCUCUUUAAAUUCCCCGACCUAGCACCCCAUUUGGGGACAGUGCAAGAGUGUUGAACUAAAGACCAAAAUUCCCUCCAGGUGUAAAAUAAUCCGCGGGGAAUAUUUGCUAGGCGUCGCAAGAGGCGUGGAUGAAAUUUCAACCCUGUUGGUUCUCCGUGAUCCAGAAAGUCGGAGAGACAGUCUCUGUGCACGCCGAGCCCUUUCCUGGCAAUUGGAACGGUGUGGGAGCCCGGUGGAAAUAGGGGAAAGCGCGAAAGAUGCCCCGUGAUUCUGUUUCACUGUUUGCUUUCUCCUGUCAUGGUGAAGAGAAAUGUGCAAUUCGAUCCUCAGUCAGUGGGUGGAGGAUGACAGGGUAGAUUUAUUGUGUGCACUUGUACAGUGGUAGCCGAGAGUCCAAAAGUCCACUAGAGCAUGUAUACGGGCACGGGGUUGGUAAGACAGUUGUGACAUGCCCCAUUCUGACAUACAAAAGGAAAAAAAAAAAAAAAAAAAGACAAAAAAAGAAAAGACAAAAAAAAAAUCACCUUGUGAUUCAGUGUAUCUGUUUACUAACUCCAAUAAAGCAAUUGUCCACCCUGAAGGUUUCAGAGGGUACCCUGGCCUUCAAGGCCGCAGAGAAGAGCUGAGAGGAGCAGAGAGUAGGCUGCUGUCAUGAGGGGCGGGGACAGGGUGGGAUCUAAGCCAGGAACGGGAGCCUUGUACACAUGGGCACUGUGGACGCUAUGUAUAUAUACUGUAUUUCUCUAUUUUCCUUUGUACAGACUCACAUAACAAGUCAAGCUACUGUUUUACAGGUGCUCCUUAUUUAUUAGGGCUGGGAGAGUUGGGGAGGUGCCCCGGGCAACACAGCUCACUUUUUAAGAAGAAAAUUGGG